AUGUUUCGCGUGCUUGCGUGCGCUGGUAUUACGCGUACUGGUCAACAACUGGUCGUAAACAACCAGAGACAAUUAUACGUUGUAGGGCACGAUAGCAAGCUGAAGGGUAUGUGUUCGAAGUGGAGACUGGGUGGAGGCAGGGCGGCGGCAAUAGGACGUGCGCACAGGAUACGACGACCCGUAAAGGUAGACAGACAGACGGACAUGUGGAUAGCCAACAAAUGGCCGAGACAGUUGGAUGAGGAAAAUGAAACAAAAUCAAUGAUUACCCAGCGGUCGGAGAGAAGUGUGGGAUGUGAGCAAGAGCACAAAAACAACAAAAAGUUCCGGGAGAAAGGAUGA